GAUGCUGUCUCUCUUGCUGCCACGUGUUCUUUUUCAGAUCUUAUAAAAUCUCCUCGUCUCAGGCCACUACCAUUCGGGAUUUCGUUUUUUGUCCUUCUUCGAUUCCUCACACUUGUACCCAACGCCCACUUGAUUUUUCUGCUUUCAUUUUCGUUUCGAAACAAAGAAAAUGAGUAAAUUUUGGACCCUGAUCACCCAGCUUCAUACUCUUUCUGGGCCAGUUUUGAUGCUGCUGUAUCCCCUAUACGCGUCGGUGGUGGCAAUCGAAAGCACGUCCAAAUUGGACGAUGAGCAGUGGUUGGCUUACUGGAUCAUCUACUCCUUUCUCACUCUCAUGGAGAUGGUUCUUCAACCUCUGUUAGAGUGGAUACCAAUCUGGUACUCGGUGAAAUUAGUAUUUGUGGCAUGGCUGGUUCUGCCACAGUUCAAAGGUGCAGCUUUCUUAUAUGAAAGAUUCGUGAGGCAGCAAAUUAAGAAAUAUGGUGGAGUAGAAAGCAAGUCUCCUGAUUCCAAAGCCAAGAACCACAAAUCCACAUAAUUAGGAGGUAGCAGGAAGCUUGGUGAAGAAGGUAUCUUAAAGAAGGAUUGGUUACUUGGUGGUGGACCAUCUGGAUUUGACUUCUUUUGCCUCUUAUUUUCGUUUGGAUGUGAAAAAAGAAAAGUACUUGUAAAUGCAACAACUCUACUUGUUCUAAUUUUGUAAACGUGUCCCCUCCACAAUUGUCAUUACAAUAACUCUAAUUGAUCGGA